AUGGCUCAAGAGUUUAACAUUGAUCAUGACCAUCACGACGGACCUCCUGGACCAGCUUUCGGAUGGAUCUCAACCUUGGACCCAGCGACCCAGGACAUGAUCUACAUGGUCAUGGGAGCGGUGGCUUGCUUGAUUAUCGGCGUGCCGAUGGUCAUUAUGCGCCAUCGCGCAGCGCUGGCAGCAGCCAAGCGCAAGAUGGACUAA